GACAUGUUUGAAUGUUGACAUGGGAAUGAAGAUAUGCCUUACUUUGGAGAAAGGAUCCAAAGAAAAGAAACAUGACCUAACUUUGGCCCUCCAAAGAAGCAGGGUUGAGGUGGGAAUGUGAAAGUUAAAGAUAAAGAGUUUGGUGGGCAGGAUUGAACAGCUUUUUGACUAUAAGGUUCUUCAAGUUCCUUAUGACUAUGAUGCCCUCCCUAGCUACAAUCUCAACUCCUUUCUUCCUUUUCUCAGACAAGUUUCUUGAAUGAGUAGUCUACUUGCUAACUCCACUUUCUCACCUCUCUCACUCUUCAAUGCUUGCACCUGGCUUCCCACUGGAUCAGUUUUGCCCAGGAUGCAGUGAACCUAUAUUGGUUGGGCCAUUGCACACUUUUUAGUUCUCAUCCUGCUGGACUCAUGCUGAAAGAGUCUCUUUAUAUGCCUAUGUCUUCCACUAAACUGAAAGCUAGUUGUGAGCAGGGAAAAUGCUUUUGUUUGUUUGUUUUAACCUUGUCUUAUUUAUCUUUGAACUCUUGGCACCUGUAUUGUUCCUGCCCAAUAAUUUUGUUGAACUGUUUUAUUGAACUCAUAGAAACAGGACUAGGUGACUGUAUUAAGAUACAACAGUGAUAUUAUGUCCAAAACUCGAGUUGGAAUCAUAAACUCUGGUUGCAAGUGCCUCUUCUACUUUGGACAAAUCAUUUUUAUAUCUCUGAGCUUUAGUUUUCUGAUUUGUAAAAUGAGAAUUAUAACACCCACCACACAAAGUUUAUUGAUAUGUAGAAGUAACCCAACAAGAUUUUAUUUUAAAAAGGUUAAAAAAAAAAAAAAAAAAAAAAAGGAGAGAAGGCUGAGUCCAGGUGAGUAAUAGUUGAGGAACUGAAAAGAGGUAGCAGAGUAGUGACGGGAGCUUAGGGAGCAUCUAAAGAAAGUAGCUGGUACAGAUGUGAUGAGAAUUAGGAAGUAGGGAUGGGCCUUGGUGUUACAGGGUCAAAGAAGAGUACUGGACCAUUGAGGGCAGAAGGAAUAAAGGCAAGUGGGGCGGUAAAAGAUGGAGUGAAGAAGUGAGCUCAUGUGAAGUGACCAUGGAGCUAGAAGAUGGGUAGAGGGAUUAAGGAGGACAAGGAACAGUCACGGGAAGGGCACUCUUUUUUGCCUGUGUCAAUCAUGUAAGUUAAGUUUGGUUGAAGGGAGGUGGUAAGAAAUCUGUAACUCGGAGUCUCAAUCCAAAGGCAAAGUGCCAGUAUAGACUGGGAGAACAGGGUUUGGGGGUAGAUGGAAGGACAUAGAAAGGGGACAUUGCCAGGGAAGGUUCAAGGGACAAAGGACACCGAAGUAGAGAUGUCUGAAAAAUGAAGAACUGAAAGGGGGAGCAAUGAAAGAGGAGAGACACAGCCAGGUACUGAAAGCUGUGUGGUAGAUAACAUAUCCAAGGCUGAAGAGCCCAGUGAGUUUUGGGAAAGAGAGACCCCAAGGAAAGUCUGAGGACUGAAGUAGAUCAUGUCUGAAGGGGAGUGAAAAGAACACUGAUUUUGGACCCAGAUGACUUUCUUGCUCCACUCCUUACUCUCUGAUGGAAAUUUGGGUAAGUUAAUCUACUUUUCUAAGACCGUUUCUUUAGGAUGUAUAAAAUAGGAAUGAAAUCAAGUACCUGGGAAGUUUGUAAAGAUUAAAUAAGAUAAUGGGUGAAAGUGCCUAGCAGUGUCUGGCACAUGGUACAGACCCAAAGAAUACUAGAAUCUGAAUCGUCUUCCUUUUCCUCCUGUCCUAUGUCCGCCUGCUCUGGGGUCAUCCUCGAAUUUGGCCUCUGGUUUCCUGCACCAGCAGCUGGAUGUCAUGCUGUCCCAGCAGCAUCAUUUCCUGGUUCUCCCUGGGCCGUACCCUCUUCAGCUGCCAGUUUUGAGUCACUGCAGUGUGAAAGUGUCACAGCCCCUGGAUCUGUCAGCACUGAGGACACCGACGAAGGUGCAAGAGAAGCUGGUUUCGAGGUCAAGGGCUACACUUUCAGUGAACCUUUCCAUCUGAUUGUGUCCUAUGACUGGCUGAUCCUCCAAGGCCCAGCCAAACCUGUGUUUGAAGGGGAUCCACUGGUUCUGCACUGCCGUGCCUGGCAAGACUGGCCACUGUCCCAGGUCACCUUCUACCGAGACGGCUUGGCCCUUGGUCCCCCUGGACCCAACAAGGAAUUCUCCAUCGCUGUUGUGCAAGAGGCAGACAGUGGGCUCUACCACUGCAGUGGCAUCUUCAGAAGCCCAGGCCCUGGGAGCCCAGAAAAAGCAUCUGCCGUGACCAUCACAGUCCAAGAAUUGUUUCCAGCCCCAGUACUCAAAGCCACGCCCUCAGCUGAGCCUCACGAGGGAGGUCCAGUUACCCUGAGCUGUCAGACAAAGCUGCCCCUGCAGAGGUCAGCCACCCGCCUCCUCUUCUCCUUCUACAAGGAUGGUAGGACAGUACGCAGCAAGGACCUCUCCUCAGAAUUCCAGGUCCCCACAGCUUCAGAGGAGCACUCUGGGUCCUACUGGUGUGAGGCAGCCACUGAAGACAACCAGGUUUGGAAACAGAGCCCUCAGCUGGAGAUCAGGGUGCAGGGUCCCUCCAAAUCUGCUGCAUCCCCUACCUUGAAUCCAGCUCCUCAGAAACCCGCUGCUCCAGAAACUACUCCUACAGAGCCUCCAGGGCCUCUGCCUCCUCUGCCCACCCCUCCUUCUCAGGAUCCGUGUUUCUCCUUUCGUCUGGAAGGGCCAGACCCUCACCUCCAUCACCAGAUGGGCAUUCUUCUCAAACACAUGGAGGAUGUGAGAGUUCUCCUUGGUUACAUGGUCAUGGAACUGAGGGACUUGUCUAGCCGCUUCAAGCCUGAGACCACAAAGGCUGCUUCCAAAUCAAAGUAAACAGUUCACCCACAAUAUUGCUCAACCACACCCAAUAAAUACUACUCUUUCUAUUUCUUUUUCUCUUUCCAUCCUGCAGUAUGUGCAAAUUUGUUUUACAAAUUGUUUUAUUAGAAUAAUGGAGAUUGGUGAAUAUAAAUAAAUUUGUACAAAGUA